GUGGAAAUAAUCACCAACGCAGCAGCCCCGGUUUUGGACUCAACAAGCAACACCAGGACGUUGUCCGUCCCAUUCAUGUCGGUUUUAUUUCGAAGCUCUUUGGGGAAAUGGAGCCUCACGGCAUGCUGCUGGAGGGCGUGAUUUUACACCUCCCGAGACCGCGUUUUCGUGUCACUGUUUGUGCGAUUGGAGGACAGCCAUCGUCUAGUCUGAGAGCUGGCGCAGACGAAGUAGUGACCUUGUCAAACACAGUGGCUGGGGCUAGGAUGGCCCUGGAGGAAUUGAAGCUCGAUGUGCUCAUUUUUGCGGACACAACCUGCGAGCCGGUAUCUCACUUUCUGGCGCUGGGCCGUGUGGCCCCGAUACAGGCCGCAUUCUGGGGCACCCCAAUCACUACCGGGAGCCCCAACAUCGACUACUUCCUCUCUGCCGAUGCAAUGGAGCACCCCGACCGAACUACAAUGCUGCCUGACGACGAUCCCUAUUCCGAACAGGUGGUGCUAUUCGGUGGACAAGGUAUUUGGUAUCCUGCUCCUGUUCUCCCGUCGGAACUGGCCCCACCACCAAGACCCCAAACAACUAGCUACACUGCGAGCACCACGGGAGUGUUACAAACGCCGCAAGUCCCAAUACUGGCGCCAGAGACGGCGUCCUGGUCUGCUGCGCAUGACACUAUCACGGCGAAGGGGGGGGGGUCAGCAGGGGAGAUGGGGUCGUCAUGGGGUGGACCAGCAAGCGAACGGGCUCUCGAGACGUACCACGCUGCCUCAACGCGUGCGUCGAGAGAGCGGGCCAGAUCGGCCCUUCGUGCCGAGCUGAAGAACCGGUUCGGGAUCGGCCAAAACAGCGUGGUGUACAUGUGCGCUCAGAGUUUGUUCAAGCUGCAUCCCGACUUCGACUUAGCGGUUAAGGGCGUGCUAGAAGCAUCAGGUUCGAAUCACCUGGUUUUCACAGCGGGUAGGCGGCAACAAUGGACAUCGAUUUUUCAUGCGAGGCUAAAUUCGACGCUCGGAGAUGAUCUUAUGACGAGGGUGUUCUUUGUACCACGAACAGUAUCUGGUGCAGCGUUUUCUUCCCUGCUCGCAUCGGCCGACGUCAUGCUCCAUCCCUUCCCUUUCGGCGGCUCGAAGACAUCGGCUGAUGCACUCGCUGUUGGGGUGCCAACAGUGUCCAUGGCUGGAAAGUACGUGGCCGGACGCAUGGCACAGAGCUUCUACAAGACCAUGGGCAUGCAACACGUGUGCUGCGUCGCCACGGACGUUGCUAGGUGACACGUGGCAUUCAGGGCGUCAUUGUCGUGAUGCAUGUACAUCGGAGGAAAUGAGUUGCGAAUCCAUUGCCCCUUGGUCAAGCAUUUCGUUUUGCUCGUGGAUCAUUGCAAGAGGAUUACAUCGCACCAUGCUAUCAAAGUGGAGACGAAUCGCAUCGUACUUCGUAGAACCGCACCGCACCGUUCGAGCUCGCGCGCCAUUUCGGUUGGAAUCCAAAACGUUUUCCAAGCAGUGUGGUCUCUAAGACACGCCGCUAUUGUCUGCCCAAGAUCCGUGCGGCUUGUCACGCUUCCCAAAGGUUCAUUGCCUACAACUCGAUUGCGGAAACGCACUUCGGGUCUACUUUGCUGCACAGUCUAGGUAUCAUCGGAAACUCUCAAAAAUCCCAUUCAGUCACCCGCGAUGCCACCUAGCGAAUACCGAUACGAAGCCACAGACGAAUUUUAUUCGUUUGAGCGCGAGAAACCCCUCAACAAGCAAUGUUUUUCGUCGGUGUUUGUGGGAGUAAUGAACGGUCGAGGUGUCAGCCACACUUACUUGUUCGCACACUCGUGUUUGCCACUUUGUCGACACCGUUUUUUUCGCCCAAUGAUCCUUCGCUUUGAUGCACAUUCUGUCUUUCAGCUACGUGCAACUUGCUACGAAGCUCGGUCGGGACUUCGGAUUUCGCAAGCUUAUCAUCGAUGUAAUUGACCAGAGGCAGUGGGUCAUCUGGGAGAGGAGGGACGAGGUGUUUGAAUGGGCUAGGUUUCUGGCAAGGCUCGGAGGAGUCUCUCCACCGACUCCACAGGAGGUAGGGCUCCCGCCAACACCUGAUCACGUGCGGCCUCCAUCCCCCUCGAGGUCCGAACCGUCAUUCGCUCAGUCAUGACAGUUCAGGGAUCCCACUACACCGCUUUGAUGGUGUUGAGACCAAUGUCGGAGUUACGAUCGUUUCGGUGGCAAAUGUGAACGAGGCUACGAGUCGUUUGGAGUGCACUCAUCCCUGAUUCGAGGUUGAAGUAUCCAGAAAUGUGUGGUGUCGAGGUGCCCUUUACCCGAGGGUCGUCUGCAGGCGGUGAAGCCUUGCAGUUCCAGGCAGGAAGUCUGGAGUGAUGUUCAGACCGAAGUCUGUUGAAGCAGUGACCGAAGUCGAUCUUGUUGCUAAAUGCCGCUUCUGGGGCUUGUGCUU